AUGUUGGGAGAGCAGCGCCACGAGGCUCCACCACCCGGACACGCGACACGCGAGGUCCUGCUGUUUUUCAGGGCGGCGUCCCGGGAAGCCCCCCCUGCAGGAGAGGUCCCGACGGCGCGGCUGCUGCUCGCCGGGGUCGGCUUCCGCUGGGGUCGGCUUUCGCCGGGGCUGCGGCUGGCUUUCGCUGGGGUACCUAACACUUCGUGUUCUGCGCCAGGUAAUUCGUCGUCUCUUGGCCCAGCACGGCUGUGCGGGGCGCCUCUUCUCGGGCAAGUGAAGAGGUUGCCGUUCGUGGCGCCUCUUGGCUGUGGCGGUGUUGCAUUGCCGCGCUCUUUCGAGCCUGUCGUCAUUGGUGGCACGCCGAACUGUGUCUUCGUUGCGGGCCUUGAUCUCAUGAGCUCGCGGUCGGCCAGGCUGCUUGGCUUCCGUCUCCGAGGUGGGUUUUCCGAAGCUUUUUUUGCAGAGAGCAGCCUCGCCCAGCUCUCCAUACAGCUUGACCACGCUCCGUCUAGUUACGCUUAA